AUAGCUCUUUCCUAUGAUCCACUUUCUCAACAAACUUUUAUAUUUAGGUCGAGCAACGUUUCUGCCGAUGCAGCUUACGUCACCAAAAUGACAAGUACAGCCUACGUCACGGUGGUGGUUACAGAAAGUUCCCCCCUUUCAAUAAUCAUAUCUGCCGACACUGCGUAACGUUUCGGCCAGCAACUAACGCGUACUUCCUAGGCAGCUAUAAAGACAGCUCCAGCUUCCUGCAACCUACCCUAGAUCCAGAACUUCAAUCUACCUGUUAGUAUUCAGAAUGUGUAUUCGAGUCACUACCUCUCUCGGCGGUACUGCAUCUAACGUCACCGUCGGUAAAGUAGCUCAUGGAUUGAUGAUGAUGACAUGGACGCCCAACCAAGUCCCAGACGAACAGUGUUUUGAGGCUAUCAAGGCUGGCGUGGAUGCCCUUCCUCCUGGCACAAAGAUGUUCCUCAACGGAGGGGAAUUCUACGGGCACAAUUUAUCGACUGCCAACCUCGAGAUGAUCGCUAGGUUCUUCGAAAAGUACCCAGACUACGCAGAUAAGACCUUCUUGUCCAUCAAGGGAGGACUAAGACCUGGCGCAGUGCCACUACCCGACGGCUCACCCGCCAACUUGAGACGAAGCGUCGAACUCAUUAACGAGAAGCUUCGCGGCACCAAGCGCCUCGAUUUGUUCCAGAGUGCACGUGUAGACCCCAAUGUCUCUUUGGAAGAAUCGAUCAGGACCCUUGUUGAACUCAAGCAAGAGGGUAAACUAGAUCAUAUUGGCAUGUCGGAAUGCAGCGCUGAAACCCUGCGGCGUGGUAAUGCUAUACACCCCAUUGCUGCUGUCGAGAUUGAGGUCAGCCCAUGGGAAUACGGAGAGGAAGCCAAGAAAGGUACGUCAUCGGACAUAAUAUCCUGUAAUCCCUGUUGGAGUAGCUCAUCUUCAAUUUUGUCAGUCAUUGCAGCUGCCGAAGAGCUAGGUAUUGCUGUUAUCACAUACUCCCCGCUUGGUCGUGGGUUCUUGACCGGUCAAAUCAAGAGGCCCGAGGACAUUCCGGAGGGAGAUUUACGCCGUUCACUGCCUCGUUUCCAGGAAGAUAACUUUAAACACAACUUUGCCAUUGUUGAUGCGUUGACCGCGAUUGCGAGGAGCAAGAACGUCACUUCUGCUCAACUCAGCAUCGCUUGGGUUGCAUCGUUGGGCAAGCAUGUCAUCCCUUUGCCCGGUUCCUCGCAUGCCAAGCGCACUCGAGAGAAUUGUGCUGCAGGAGAUAUCGAGUUGUCUACGGAAGACAUCGCAGAAAUCAACAGUGUUAUCAAUGCUGCUGAUGUCAAGGGUGACAGGUAUGCCCAUCAGGCAUACCUCUGGGGUUAGAUGGUUCAUUGGCUCUACAUACCCGGCGAGUCGGACCAGCCGAACUGUAUUUCUAUUUGAUUUUGUGCUGCUUUAUGAAAGACAAAUAUUGUUAGACUUGAUUCGCUUGCCUUCUACUCGAGGGAUGGGGUAGUCUCGCAGGCACGCCGUCUUUUACCUACACUCAACAUUUGAUCUAAGCAUCUACAAGAACUUCAGGGGCUAAUUCUGUCCCGUCAGAAGUACUGGACAGAUGAAUGAUUUCACUGGAAGAGAUAAAUAGCAAUCUAGAAGAUGAUAGUGCAGAUGGAAAACAGGGAAACCAGAUGAGCUUCGUGACAAUCUCCUGCAGUUUGGUGCCCUUGAUAGGCGGUAUCUAUUUUAUACUACGUAUACGUUCUGACGGGACAUACAGUAACUGUAGGAUAAUCAAUCAAGUUGCAAUGAUGUCUUUU